CCCGCUCCCUGUCCCGGGUAGGCUCGGCCAAGCGCCGCUGAGCGCCCAGGAUGCGCAGGGCGGCAGCGACCCUGCGCGGCAAGGCGAAGCCUCGGGGGCGGGCCGGGGGCUCCACGGCUGCCCCAGGCAACCGCACAGGCACGUGCGCUCAGCUGCCGCUGCCCCCAAAGGGCACCUUCCAAGUCCUUCGUGGCGAUGGCGCUUCUCUGGGGACCGUGCUUCUUUUCCACUGUCCCUCUGGUCACCAGAUGGUGGGGUCUGGCCUCCUCACCUGCGUCUGGAAGGGGAGCGUCGCUGAGUGGUCUUCAGGAACCCCCGUGUGCAAGUCUGUGCCGCCACACGAGACCUUCGGCUUCAAGGUGGCUGUGAUCGCUUCCAUCGUGAGCUGCGCCAUCAUCCUGCUCAUGUCUAUGGCCUUCCUCACCUGCUGCCUCCUCAAGUGCGUGAAGAGGAGCGAACGGCGGCGCUCUGACAGGACGGCCCAACUGUGGUACCAGCUGAGAGGCGAGGACUUGGAGACGGUGCAGGCCUCCUACCUCGGCCUCAAGAACUUCAGCAGCAGCAGCAGCAGCAGCAAGGCCAGGAGCCGGACGGCGCAGGCGCACUACAACCACAGCUUCACCACAGACCCUGGCGAGAGCACCAGUGAGCUGGCCAGUGUGACCCACGCCAUGGACAAGAACCCCUGGACUCCUGGGCCCAGAGUUCUGAGCCCCAGCGCCCCCCCUAGCUCACCUCGAGCCCAGGUGAUGGUGCAUACGGUGAACCCAGGACAGACCCUGCCUGCCGCUGGGCUGGCCGCGGCAAUGCCGAGACAGCCUGCAGCGUACACCCCAGGGUGACUGGGCGGCGGCAGUGCCCACCCUGACCCUGGGAAGUCAACUACAACUCGACACGUGUCCAGCUCGAGACUGGUCAGUGACAUCAGCUUCCAGGUGUAGGGACCCCUUGGGGCCAGGCUGACACCAAAGGCUGAGGACCCAGCAGGGAGUAUUGUCCCAAGGGAGCCCGGCUGUGGUGAUUUUUAUAAUUACGGCUGACUUGAAACUGCUGCUGAGGUUAAGAUACUGGCAGCAGCCUCCCUCCAGCUAGGGUUCCUUUAUGGAGACUAGGAGAUGUUUUUAGCAAAUCUAGUUUUGCAUAGUACAAUAAACUUCUUUUCAGCAACUACA